UAUAUUACAUCUCCAUCGAAGAACAAGACGAAGAAGAAGGAAGAAGUUCAAACUCAAAGCAUUCCUACUAAUACUGUCUGUAUCAUGCUUUAGAUCGAAGCUUUACUUUCACUAUCGCAAUCAAUAUACUCGAAGCCGUAUCUCUCUUUGAGCUCACACCAUUUGCACAAGUCGCGUACAGCUUGGAACCAGCAGUAACACUUCUUUCCUCCGAAAUGACUUCUCUCAAGAAAGAGUACGAGUUCCUGAACGAUAUCGGACUUUCUUCUCGCAAUUCCGGCUGUUAUAUCGAUGGCGCCUGGAAAGGAAACGGUCCGAUUGUUUAUUCUAUAAAUCCUGCUAAUAAUCAGACAAUUGCUGAAGUUAUUGAAGCUUCUCCGCAAGACUAUGAAGAAGGGAUGAAAGCUUGCUCAGAAGCUUCCAAAAUUUGGAUGCAAGUACCUGCACCAAAGAGGGGAGAAAUUGUUAGACAGAUAGGUGACGCACUUAGAUCCAAACUCCAGCAACUUGGCAGGCUUGUUUCACUUGAGAUGGGAAAAAUACUUGCUGAAGGAAUAGGAGAGGUUCAGGAAAUCAUAGAUAUGUGUGAUUUUGCUGUUGGUUUAAGCAGACAACUAAAUGGAUCAAUCAUACCUUCAGAACGUCCAAAUCACAUGAUGCUGGAGAUGUGGAAUCCCCUCGGGAUUGUGGGUGUAAUCACUGCUUUCAACUUCCCAUGCGCAGUUAUGGGAUGGAAUGCUUGCCUUGCGCUAGUCUGUGGUAACUGUGUUGUGUGGAAAGGUGCUCCUACGACUCCCUUAAUUACUGUUGCAACGACGAAAAUAGUAGUUGAGGUUCUGGAAAAGAAUAAUUUACCCGGUGCUAUCUUUACCUCUUUUUGUGGUGGUGCUGAAAUUGGUCAAGCUAUAGCAGAAGAUACUCGCAUACCUCUGGUCUCAUUUACUGGUAGUUCAAAGGUGGGUCUAGUGGUACAGAAAAUAGUAAACGAAAGGUUUGGAAAAUGCUUACUGGAAUUAAGUGGAAAUAAUGCGAUAAUUGUCAUGGAUGAUGCCGAUGUUAAACUUGCUGUUCGGUCUGUUCUGUUUGCUGCUGUUGGCACAGCUGGCCAACGUUGCACAACAUGCCGCAGACUGCUACUUCAUGAAAGUAUAUAUCAUACAGUACUUGAUCAACUGAUUGAUUUAUACAAACAAAUUAAAAUUGGGGAUCCUCUGGAGAAUGGUACUCUUCUUGGACCUCUUCAUACUCAAACUUCAAGGAACAAUUUCGAGAAGGGAAUAGAGAUCAUCAAAGCUCAGGGCGGUAAGAUCCUUACUGGAGGAGCUCUGAUAGAAUCAGAAGGAAACUUUGUUCAACCCACUAUAGUUGAAAUCUCUCCUACUGCUAAUGUGGUUAAAGAUGAACUCUUUGGUCCUGUUCUCUAUGUUAUGAAAUUUAAGACACUGAAUGAAGCGAUUGAAAUAAACAACUCAGUGCCUCAAGGAUUAAGUAGUUCUAUAUUCACGGGCAGACCCGAUAUUCUCUUCAAAUGGAUUGGGCCUCAAGGAAGUGAUUGUGGUAUUGUGAAUGUUAACAUUCCAACAAAUGGGGCAGAAAUUGGAGGCGCGUUCGGCGGUGAGAAAGCCACCGGUGGUGGUCGUGAAGCUGGGAGUGAUUCUUGGAAGCAGUACAUGAGACGCUCAACUUGCACAAUUAAUUACGGCAGUGAGUUACCAUUGGCACAAGGAAUCAACUUUGGAUAACCGCCCAAUCCCCAACGACGCCAAGUAUGUUUACCUAUUCCACCAUUAAUGGAAAAAUAAAAAUAAAAAUAAAAAGGUGAGAAUUGUUGUGCUAUUUUCAUGUUAUUAAUAUCUUUGAGAAAACUAUCAAUCUUAACAAUGUCAAGUGAAUUGAUAUACUCUAUGUCUAA